CCCAAUGAUUCAUUGUCCGAGAUGAGCUUUGAACGUUUAGAUGCUCCAUGCCCUCAAUGUUCCAUAUCCUUCCGAUACAUUCAAUCAACUCCCUGGGCUUCAAUUCUUCCAGACAGAUAUCUAACGGAGCCAGAGGCGAUUGUCCCGAAUAUCCCCGAACAUUUAAAUACAAUAUGCCGGAGCGAGCAGAUAUCACAUACUUUGGGGCCGGACCAGCUCUUCUUCCUACGGACGUUCUAGAGACUGCAGCAGCAUCUUUGGUGAAUUUUAAUGGCACCGGCUUAGGGCUUGCAGAGCAUUCUCAUAGGUCACAGCUGGCGUCGAAUAUUGUCAAUGAAGCAAAGAAGGAUUUAGCCACAUAUUUGGAUGUACCAGACGACUAUGACAUAUUGUUCAUGCAGGGUGGUGGAAGUGGAGAGUUCUCGGCGACUGUGUACAAUCUGGUUGCAGUUUGGGUGGAGCGACGGAAACAGAGGAUCCUGAAGGAUCUUGGGGUCGAGGACAACAAACAGCUACCGGAGAAUGUCAUAAAGGAGCUACAAAAGGCGGUCGAUGAAGAGCUGAAGAUCGAUUACCUCGUCACUGGAUCUUGGUCAUUGAAGGCUAGUCAGGAAGCCGCGAGGUUGAUCGGCCCGGAACACGUCAAUGUGGCAGCAGAUGCGAGGGAGGUCAAUGGAGGGAAGUUUGGCAAGAUACCGGAGGAAUCGACAUGGAAGCUCUCGAAGAACCCGGCGAUGGUGUACUACUGCGACAAUGAGACGGUGGAUGGUGUGGAGUUUCCCCGGUUUCCCGCGGUUCUGGCGCCGAAGGGAGUUGAUGAACCGAUUGUGGUGGCAGACAUGUCCUCGAAUAUUCUCUCCAGACGGGUGCCGAUCAAGAACUUCUCAGUCAUCUUCUUCGGAGCACAAAAGAAUUUGGGGAGCACUGGAGUCACCGUGGUCGUUAUUAAGAAGAGUCUGCUUCCACCUACCGUUGCGAAUGCAGAGCCAUCGCUUGUACGGAAAUUAGGUAUUCCCAAUGGCCCGAUUGUUCUUCAAUAUUCUACCAUUGCCAAGAACAAUAGUCUUUACAACACCCUCAGCAUCUUCGACGUCUUCAUUGCUGGCCAAGUUCUCAAAAAGUCGCUCAACACGUUCCCCAACAAAGUGGAUGGGCAGCAAGCUCUGUCAGAAAAGAAAGCGAACUUGAUAUAUGCCGCACUGGACGCACAUCCGGAAUCAUACAAAGUCGUCCCAGACAAGAGUGUACGCUCAAGAAUGAACAUUUGCUUUCGAGUCACACAUCUGGAAUCGGGCAUCGAUGAUUCUGAGAAAACAUUCCUGGAAGGCUCAGUCGGAGUUGGUCUCACCGGACUCAAAGGCCACAGAAGCGUUGGUGGCAUCCGGGCUAGCAACUAUAACUCGAUAUCCUUGGAAGGUGCGGAGAAGCUGGCGAAGUACAUUGAGGAAUUUGCUGCCAAACCGAGGAAAUGAAGUUUUCACUUGAUUGUUCCUCCUUGGCCUGGUUCAUUUGCAUUCCAUGGAAUAUUUUUUUCCGACAGUAGUUAGGACAUUCAAUCUAUAAAAGUUUGCUCCUAGACUUACUGAUUUAGAGAGGUUGGCUUGGGAAGCUUUGGAACAUGUCGC